AUGGAAGAUGCAAUGAUUCUCAAUAAAGCAUCCUUUGAGCGUGGAUUUGCCCAUGGGACGGUGCUCAAGUGCGAGGUAUUGUAAGGCCAAUGACUGCCUUGUACUUUGAAAAAAGUUGAUGUCUUUAAUGCUUCUGCGCGUGACUAUUUUAACUUGUUGUCUCGAUAAUAACGACAUAAAAUUUACUGACGUUUAAGGUGUAAAUUGUCAAUUUUUUGAAGUUAAAAUGACCUCUCCUGCACUUAUAAUCCCUUAUGACUGAGAUUGUAAUUCUAUCCGUCGGCUUCUUUUAGUUGUCUGUUAUACAUUUACAGCUGUUUCGGAUAACAAGUGACCUGCGUUGUCAAAAAUGGUUCAGGAUUUUGGGUUUUUCUUCGACGUCAAUCAAACCGUUGCCAUAGCAUCCAAUCCUUGCCUGUCAAAUAAAAGCAGUAAUGACAGAAACACACAAAACGGAUCGACAUCCACCAAUCAGAAAUCACAAACCAUGACCUUUUCCUAAGACGUCCGCUAAGACGAUUGACGGCAGCGAAAAUCGCGAUUAUUUUGAUUGACGUCACAGAAAAACCCAAAUCCAAAAACGUUUUUGCCAUUGCAGGUCGCGUGUUACCAGAAACAGCUGUAGUGUAUUUUACUGCCAAGACUGUGGGCUAAGAAACUUGUCAUUUUGUUCCUUUUCUUCAGAUAGUGGAUCUUAAUANGCAUCCUUUGAGCGUGGAUUUGCCCAUGGGACGGUGCUCAAGUGCGAGGUAUUGUAAGGCCAAUGACUGCCUUGUACUUUGAAAAAAGUUGAUGUCUUUAAUGCUUCUGCGCGUGACUAUUUUAACUUGUUGUCUCGAUAAUAACGACAUAAAAUUUACUGACGUUUAAGGUGUAAAUUGUCAAUUUUUUGAAGUUAAAAUGACCUCUCCUGCACUUAUAAUCCCUUAUGACUGAGAUUGUAAUUCUAUCCGUCGGCUUCUUUUAGUUGUCUGUUAUACAUUUACAGCUGUUUCGGAUAACAAGUGACCUGCGUUGUCAAAAAUGGUUCAGGAUUUUGGGUUUUUCUUCGACGUCAAUCAAACCGUUGCCAUAGCAUCCAAUCCUUGCCUGUCAAAUAAAAGCAGUAAUGACAGAAACACACAAAACGGAUCGACAUCCACCAAUCAGAAAUCACAAACCAUGACCUUUUCCUAAGACGUCCGCUAAGACGAUUGACGGCAGCGAAAAUCGCGAUUAUUUUGAUUGACGUCACAGAAAAACCCAAAUCCAAAAACGUUUUUGCCAUUGCAGGUCGCGUGUUACCAGAAACAGCUGUAGUGUAUUUUACUGCCAAGACUGUGGGCUAAGAAACUUGUCAUUUUGUUCCUUUUCUUCAGAUAGUGGAUCUUAAUAAAAUAGCAGGAACCGGCAAAAAUUCAAGCCUAAGAUUUGGUAAGGUGACUCAUUCUCAGUAUCAUUUACUCACUGUUUUUAGAUGGCACAAAACAGGGGUAAAAAAAUCCAAAGAUACCGGAAAUCCUCUAUUUAGCCCCCCGGGAGCUUAUUUAAAUCAAGCUCAUUUGAAGGGGGGGUUUACAGAGAUGGGUAACUUAUUAGAGAGGGCGGCUUAUUUAGUUUAAAAAAGACGAUGGUAUCAGUUCUCCACGAAAAACUAGAAUACAAAGUGAAGAAGCUCAAGAACAAGAAGGUUGGAGGUCAUGCAGCCGAGGAGCGGAAUCAAAUCCGAACUUCCAGUUGUUAAAUAAACCAUCCCGGAUCAGUCCACACGAAGUUUUACAGUCAUGAUUGAUUAUUACAGUCUCUCAUUUAUUAGUGAAGAAUACUUAGCGGUGGGGAGGGGGGGGCUUGAUAUAGGGAUGGGGCUUAUUUGAGAGGGGAGGCUUAAUAGAGGAUUUUACGGUGUUACAUCGUUUAAAAAGUUAAGUUGCUGUAUUUACAAGGUCUCACUGUGUUGUUCGUCUUCCAGCCAGGUGUUUCACACCCUGCUAGCAAAGCCUCUCUUUAACUCGCUCGAUUUUGGCGUACUUGGGAAAGACUCUGCAUGAAUAGAGUGAAACCUUAGUUGAGCAUGCGCUGCUUGAUGCUGGAAUACUGUUUUGAACCCAGGCCUAAUAGCCGUCGCUUGCUACAACGGGCUUAGUUGUAACCAUUAGUUUAUCAGUAAACAGAUGCUCGCACUCGGAAAAUUUGUUUGACGAUCGAGAACAAGAUUGACUAGUCCAGACAUCUGGGCUUUGGCGACUUCAAAGGCCCGACACGUUUCAGACAGAACCUCCUUUUCUCCUCCUCGAUCAUGAAGUCAAAAGGAGGCUCUUCUCGCAGUUUGGGUGUUUUGCUACUAUGCGUCUGUUUAGACGCAAAGGGCACAUAGAUAUCCAUUUAAUUGGGGGUGAAAUGGGUAGGCUGUGAAGAGGUUUAAAAUUAACUGAAGAGAGGUAACUAAGCAAUGUUCAUUCUAUAUUGGUCAAUUUUGUUCCGGGGUGUUAUCCCUUCCACUACCGAUAUAUUCGGCCAGAAAAAAGAUACCCCUGGAAAUCAAGUUGCCCUAUUGAACGAACAUUAACAUGUGGUCUUAAAUAGUGUAAUUUGUUCAAGGGGAUUAGAUUUCUGUGGCGUUCCAUUGGUGGAACUAACUGGUUCAUUAUCUUUUAUUGUUAAAGGUUGUCUUCCCAAUGAUGAUCGGGUUCAGGGAUUUCUAGACAUAGAUGGUCUUCCGCCAAUUGGCGCCAAACUCGAGACAGGAAACCCUUAUUACUGGUAAGAAACCGGUAUAGCUAGAAUGAAACUUGACAGACUGGUAGUAAACCGGUAUAUACUAGUUAGAUUGUUGGGUAUUGACAAAUAACCUUGUAAUUAAUGAUUAGCUGUAUUUGCUUCUUAAAGUGUUCAUGGCGCGAGCAUGAUGACAUCAUAUUGUGCGUGUCAUCUGAUUGGUUCAGUGUAAAGCGUCACGUGGUUUCAGGCAGUGUUUUAUCGUCUGUUAGUCACAAGGCGUCAUUGCUCUAAGUCAGCAUGAUAAAAUGUGAAGUCUGAAUCUGGUCUUUGUGAUCUUAUCUUGUAAAACUAAACCAAACUGUUGUUACAACAUUUCCUUAAGGAGGCCCUUGCAGAAUACGGUCACAUGAUACAAAAACACCUUGCUGGAUGGGAAACUCCCCAGUGAGACCUUGAAAAGAAAGGAUAUUAGCUUUUUAAAUGAUGUAAUCGCUUUAUUAAUCUUGCCCUUCUGCGUCGUUUGCCAUCCACCAAGGUGUUUUUUGCACCAUGUGACCGUAUUCUGCAAAGGGUUCAUAGAAUUGAAUCUAGUCAUUUAUCCUUGUUUGGGUUUUUUGUAGUUAUAUUGAUGAUAACACUGGCAAGGCAGUCAUAAAGAAAUACAGCAGCUUGGAAAACGCUGUAGUUGACGAUGUAAGAACCUUUUGUUGUUCAGUACACGUUCUGUUUCAGUUCUGUUUUAAAAAAGACUCCAUCGUCCUUGUGAACGCGUUUGCGAUCUUUUGUGGUUGGUUUCAGGUAAAAAUUCUCGGUAAUGAUGACGGUACUGGAACACUUCAGAGAGUUUCUAUUAAACUGAGGAUUCAGGUCAGUCUAUUUGUUUGUUUGUUUGUUUAGUUUUUCUCAUAAACAAAAGCAAAAAGGCCCGUGAAGAAAACCAAAGAUCCUACGAAUGAGACGCAGACUGCGCGUUCUUAAAAUGAGGACUACCUGGAGAUUUAGAAGAGAAAAAGCUACUUUGAAAAAGAAUAGAAAAUGCGCCCGGAGCGUGACCUAAACUUUCUCGCGUUGUUUGGAGAAGGGGAUGUUUUGUCCCGGGGAGGGGAGUUCUCAUAUAAAAGUGACGACGAUGCUCUUCGUCUCGCUUUUGGGUGUAAACUGCAGUUUUUGGCCUCACCUAGGGUGUUUGGGAUGGAAAGUCACUACAUUUGCCCUUUCCGGUAUCGCUUAGUACUGUGACGCACAUUGACCACACAGAAAUCUCCCUUAGGGGUCAGUUUAAGCUUGAGCCACACCCACAUUGGUCUCCUUUGGGAGUUUAAUUUGAAUUUUCCGACGAGCAGCUCCGUCACUUUUAUUUGGGAGUUCCCCCAGGUGUUUUGUGUUCACAGUAAAUUUCCCAAACUAUUGUAGUGUCCCCGCCAUAUCUGGCGAAGGUUAUAAGUGCACCUAGUUCAAAAUUUGCUGGAUAAUACGCGCGGAUAUCUUACAAUGUGCGUAGUGCUUUUCCAAGCCUCGCGGAGCAGAGAAAAUAUGCGAGCUAUGAGUAAAAUGUCUCAGAAUCGCGCUAUACUGUAUGCUAGUGAUGGGUUUGAAAUUCCUAAGCAUUUUAGUGGUAUUGCUACCGUUUUCAGUCCCGACUCGCAUCAUCUUGUGGUACAAAUUUUUUUCGAUUUUUUUUUCAUUUCAGAGAAACCCGAUUAUAGGAGACANCUCCCUUAGGGGUCAGUUUAAGCUUGAGCCACACCCACAUUGGUCUCCUUUGGGAGUUUAAUUUGAAUUUUCCGACGAGCAGCUCCGUCACUUUUAUUUGGGAGUUCCCCCAGGUGUUUUGUGUUCACAGUAAAUUUCCCAAACUAUUGUAGUGUCCCCGCCAUAUCUGGCGAAGGUUAUAAGUGCACCUAGUUCAAAAUUUGCUGGAUAAUACGCGCGGAUAUCUUACAAUGUGCGUAGUGCUUUUCCAAGCCUCGCGGAGCAGAGAAAAUAUGCGAGCUAUGAGUAAAAUGUCUCAGAAUCGCGCUAUACUGUAUGCUAGUGAUGGGUUUGAAAUUCCUAAGCAUUUUAGUGGUAUUGCUACCGUUUUCAGUCCCGACUCGCAUCAUCUUGUGGUACAAAUUUUUUUCGAUUUUUUUUUCAUUUCAGAGAAACCCGAUUAUAGGAGACAAAUUUUCCAGUCGACAUGGACAAAAAGGAAUUUGCAGGUAAGCUCUUCGGUCCAAAUUUUCUUCUCCUUAACUAAAGGUGAAUACACUACCACGAGUUUAACCUGUGGCACCGAGAAAGUAGCUGUGUAAAUGAACAAACCACAUAACCAAGAAAGCAUUCGUUCCCUAAACUCCUUUGUCAUGUGUUAACCAAUCAUAGCUUGCGUGGUUACAUAUUUUCCCGCCCUUUUCGCGGUUUCCUUACUUCUUUAACCCACUCUGAUUGGUUCUUCUAAUUUUUCGAUUACGCUUUCCUUUUUGUUGCAGUCAAAAAUGGCCAAUUGAAAACAUGCCGUUUACAGAAUCAGGAAUGACGCCAGAUAUAAUUUUCAACCCUCAUGGAUUUCCCUCGCGUAUGACAAUAGGUAAGAGGUCACUUCUCUCCAUCACAUCGAAGAUCAUCCGGCGACGUGAAUUACCCAAAGCUCUAACGAAGAUAUUAUAUGUAAUAAACAAAUAUAUGAUAUGAUGAUGCCAAAGGUGUCAGAAGCCUAAAAUAGGCUUCUGUUUCUGUAGGUGUUAGUUAUAAAAGACAAGCAAAGUCACUCUGUGGAGGUGCCCCUUCCCCUCCCCCCCCCUCCCCCCUCGAUUGGGGGUGGUUAGUUUUGGUUAGUUUUAAACAAGAUGGCAGAUAAUUUUAUUAAGAGUUCUUGAAAUACAGCAAAAAAAGUGCAGUAUUAUAGCUGACGGUUUCGGUUUACGGCUAAAUAUAAUGGCGUUUUGCCCAGAACACCCUAAGGGAGACCAAAAUCCCAAAUUUACCUCCCUAAGCGAGACGAAAAGCAUCCCCGCCCCUUUCAUAUGGAAGUGCCCCCGAGACUUCUCCAACAGCAAGACGUAUAUGUUUGUCUUCUCUUCCGCAGGAAUGAUGAUAGAAAGCAUGGCAGGCAAAUCGGCCAGUCUCAAUGGAACAGUGUAUGAUGCUACACCGUUCACAUUCUCAGAGGACGAUCCUGCAGUGGAUUACUUCGGAAAUCUCCUCAAACAAUGUACUUUCAACGUUUUUUUUCUUUCUUUAGUUGAUCACUUCAAAUGAGUAUCGCUGAGGAGGUUUGCACCAUAAGAUUUCAUCCACAGGCUUAAGGAGUUUUAUUUUAUUAAGAAGAGACCCUUUUGCUUUUAACAACAACAAAUUUUAUUGAAAUUCAUUGUAUAACUAAUUAUUUUCCCUCCCGUUAAUAGCUUAUGAACUAAUCGAGGAGGGCGAAGCUAAGGACAUAUUAGAGAGAUUAAGAUUCACGUGUACGCCAAACGGCAGACGUGAAUUUACACCACGUGACCAAGUUUUUCUCCAUAUUUUCCGCUUAACCUUAUCCCCUAUCACUUUCGACGCCUGCUACGCAGGCUAGCUUACCCUUUAUUGCUUCUACGCAAAAUAAGUAGUUUUAUGCCAGUUUUUAUCUGCUUAUUUGCUAUUCUGAGAAAUUCUCAACUUGAGUCUGACGUUUGCCGUUUGCGGUAAACGUGAAUCUUAAUCUCUCUAUUUACAACACAGGUUUAUUAGAUGGGCCAAACAACAAUGAAAGACGUUGCAAUACAAUAAAUAGAAUAAACUAACAUUUAAAAAAAACAUAAAACAAUAAGUAAAUAACGGUUACGAAGAGAAACUAAGAUAAUGUGUUAAACUCAGGCAUAGUGUACGACAGGAAGAAACAUAUAAACGAAAGCCAAGAGAACAACAAAACAUUCACACACGUCUAUUCAUCUUGGUCAGCUCACGUGACUACGCGACUCCUUUUUUUUUUUAAUUGAUGAGGAUCAUUUGGAGAAAUCCAUCGACACUGCUGAAAAGAGCGCCUUAAUGUUAGUAUACUUGCCAAGUUUGAAAGUGAUUCGUCUGAAGCGAGCGUAGAUAUAGCUCUCCGAAGUUGAGGAAUUUUGCAGUUGCUUCCCUCUACCAUACAAACGUCUGUAAAAUGUUGCGACUUUCCAGUGGUAUAUCUUCGUUACUUUGCAACAAGUGUCUCUCAAACUUGGCAUAUUUACUAUUUUAGGCUCUCUUUUCAGGCGGUGUCGACGAAUUUUCACCAACUGAUCCAUGUAAAAAGUUGAAAAACCGUGGAAGGGUCUUUUAAGUGCUGGCCCCGUUUUUCGCGUGAAAAAGAUGGAGUUUUCUCUUUCUUUUUCUAGCUGGUUACAACUUCUAUGGCACAGAAAGGAUGUACAGUGGGACAGAUGGCAGAGAGUUUGAGGCAGACAUCUUUUUCGGAAUUGUUUAUUAUCAAAGGUUGAGGCACAUGGUGGCCGAUAAGUAUCAGGUACCCACCCCUCCCCUCCUUUCGUCUGUUGUCCUCUCCCAUUCUCGUUUGAGUUUUGCACCAUGCCAUAGAUGAUGACGUCAUGUUUUGCGUGUUAUUUGUCUGGCUCGUAAGUUUGAGUUACGUAAUGUACAGUGCAUGCUGCCAUUUCUGGCGUUUUUCGGUACUGAUAAAUUCGUAUGGCUUUCAAAUCAAAUAAUCUACUUUGUACUUUUCUUUCUAUUUAACAAAUCGACCAAAAUUUUCCAUGGUGUACACUCUUAUAGACCAUAGAAAUGACGUCAUAAAAUGUUUAAAACACAAGUGUUUCACUGUAAAGUUUUGAACAUUUUAUGGCGUCAUUUCUAUGGUCUAUAAGAGAGUAGACCGUGGAAAAUUGUGGUCGAUUUGUUUUUUACAAGUCAAAAGUAUGGUUGACAAUGUGCGACGUUCCAAGUUGUCUUUUUAUUUUGGUCCAUUUAGGUUCGAACAACAGGUCCAAUAGACAUUUUGACUCACCAGCCAGUACAGGUAACGGAAAAAAUGUUCAUUAUUAUCAUUAGUUAUUAUCAUCACCGCCACCACCACCAUUGUUAAUUACUAUUUAGUUUUAUUUAAGUAUGUGUUUUUGCAUCAUUGGAUUUUGGUGGAAGUAUUGUCGUUAUGGUUGUCUUUCAAUUUCUGUUCGUUUUCAUUUAGUUCCGCAUCUGGAAAACCAAGUAGUAGCAAAAUAAAAUAUCAAACAGUUACUUCUCCUCUUGUCACACAACCCACCAGUACGUGAUGACAUCACUUUAUGCGUGUCAUCUGAGUGGCUAAGGGCANAUAAUCUACUUUGUACUUUUCUUUCUAUUUAACAAAUCGACCAAAAUUUUCCAUGGUGUACACUCUUAUAGACCAUAGAAAUGACGUCAUAAAAUGUUUAAAACACAAGUGUUUCACUGUAAAGUUUUGAACAUUUUAUGGCGUCAUUUCUAUGGUCUAUAAGAGAGUAGACCGUGGAAAAUUGUGGUCGAUUUGUUUUUUACAAGUCAAAAGUAUGGUUGACAAUGUGCGACGUUCCAAGUUGUCUUUUUAUUUUGGUCCAUUUAGGUUCGAACAACAGGUCCAAUAGACAUUUUGACUCACCAGCCAGUACAGGUAACGGAAAAAAUGUUCAUUAUUAUCAUUAGUUAUUAUCAUCACCGCCACCACCACCAUUGUUAAUUACUAUUUAGUUUUAUUUAAGUAUGUGUUUUUGCAUCAUUGGAUUUUGGUGGAAGUAUUGUCGUUAUGGUUGUCUUUCAAUUUCUGUUCGUUUUCAUUUAGUUCCGCAUCUGGAAAACCAAGUAGUAGCAAAAUAAAAUAUCAAACAGUUACUUCUCCUCUUGUCACACAACCCACCAGUACGUGAUGACAUCACUUUAUGCGUGUCAUCUGAGUGGCUAAGGGCAGUGUGUCACGUGAUAUUAGCCAGUGUUUUAUUGGUUCUUAUCGUGGGACACACUGUGCUCAUUGGUCAGUAUGAUAACACCAACAGUCUGAUACUGGGCAUUCUAUAAUAUAACUGAGCAUAAGAUACAUAAUUAUUAGUGUUGUAGUCAAUGUAAUAAGUUCGCUCUACUCCGCCUUUCCCAACAAAAAAUACCGCAAAAAAAAAACAAGAAAAACAAGAAAAAACCUGUCCGUUACCUCAAGUGAAAAACCGCGAGAGAAAAUGUCUUUAUAAGCCAGCUCAAGAUAACGUUUACUUUCGAAUCCCUUUCUUGUCAAUAAAGAAGGAAACUGUCUGUAGAAGAAAAGUUUUUUCACCAACACUCAGGGUCUCUAAAAAACAAGGGAGAAAGUGCUGCCUUUGUGAUGACAUCUCUAAACGAUUUGACUUUCUAGUCUAGGAUCAGGACGAUAAACCGUAGGCCCCAUCUCACAAGGCUUGCACAUAUAAUAAAUUCUGUGGGAUGUUAAAGAACCCACACACUGUUCGCAAAAAAUAGGGGACGUAGUCCCCGAUGUGGUGGUCUAUCUCCAAUUCACACUCACAUGGGGGACAUCAUUACUCAUCCCUUCAUUACUUGUAAACUGUACCAUAAGCAGUCUGGCAAAAGUCCCUCGAACAGCCAUGAGGGGAGUGGAUAAUAAGAUAUCCACAAUUUACUUUGUGUCAGGGUCGUAAAAGACAAGGUGGCAUUCGUUUCGGUGAAAUGGAGAGGGACGCUCUGCUGGCACAUGGAACAUCUUUUCUCUUGCAAGAUCGUCUCAUGAACUGCUCGGACAGAACAGUGGUAAGAAACUUUGGUACAAACAGUAGAGAGUUUAAUCUUCACGUAUACGGCAAACGGCACUAACGUCAGAUUCAAGAUGAGAAUUUCUCAAAAUAGAAAAUGAGCAUAUGAAAACAGCUCCAAACAAUUCUUAUGGAUAAAAAAUUACGUGGAACUUCCAAUUUAUGUGUAGGAAUAAUGAACAGUAAACGACAACUAACGAGGAAACUUGGUCACGUGGUACAAAUUUGCGUUUGCCGUUUCUCGUAAGCGUGAUGCUUAAUCUUUCUCUUAUUUUAGCCAGUGACCACCAUCAAUUUUCUCCUAACAAUAUCCAUACAUCAUCAAGAGAACAGUUUACGAGAACUGAUAAAAUGAUAACCAAGGGGAAAAUAAGCUAUGAUUUUUUUUAUCAAAUUCUCUCAUUAUAGGAAAUAUUUGACUAGUCUAGGCUUUAUAUGUGGAUAUUAGAGAGCUUAAGGUGACUCGACCCAGUUUUUUUGGGGGGGUACCAUCCUACUUUGAAGCUCUCUGGUAUCCCCACCUUUACUUUUAUCGUAAGUCUAACACAUAGAAUGGAUAACAUAUAGAUCAAUCUACAAUAUAACAUAAAAUUUUUGGCGAUCGGAGUAAAUGUCACGUGGUUAUAAUGCCACGCCCCUUUGAGGUCUGAGUCGAAAAUCUGCUGUUGCCGGCAUUUUUUCGUGAAAAUCUCUCGGCUACACAUAGUGCGCAUUAGUGCCUUGCGCUGAACAGAGUUUCACCAAAAUCGCAAAGACCCAAUUCGAGAAAUUCAGCGGUUUCCAAAUUUAGGUCAUAAUUUAUGCGAAAAUGAUAAGCAAACUUUACACGGAUUAUAUCUAAUAAACUAUGAGAUUCAUCUCUUUAUUUUGGGCAUCGUUAUAACAGAUGGGUCCUUGCAAGUCAGCAAAACGCUUUAGGGCCUUGUAAAUGCGCGCGAUUUCGAGCAAAGCAAACAUAUAGAAAUUAUAGUUUUCGCUAUUUGUUGACGUUUGUCAGCGUUUAAGAGUCCUUCUCACGAAAAAAGCAUUUUCUUAAAAAUUCGUAGUUUUUUUUCCUUCAAAUUUUUUCAGGGCCACAAUUGAUUAACUAACUACCCGGACUCUGAAUUUCAUGGUCAUUGAAAAACUGUGACAUUAUCUUCUAUAAGCCCAAACUUGAGUAAACAUUGAAGAUUUUUAGCGUUUUGGCUGAGUUUGUGCUUUGGGAGUUGUCUAUUGUUUCUAGUCUGUCAUUAUACAGCAUUCUUGUUCAGCACGCGUGCAAUGACCGCGCUUGGCUGACUUCCGAAUGCUCACCGAGAUAUAAUAAUUUUGGUACAGUGAGACAGGCCAUCGCGUGAUACAUAGAGGUUUAAGUCACAAUUUUUAAUCAAUUCUCGUGCUUCUUGUGCCUUUGCAAAAAAAUCAAGAAGUGCUACACACUAAAUCUACUUACUAUUAAAAAAAUAUCAUUUUUUCAUAGGUUUAAUGCAAGCCAAUAAUUAAACCAACUCGUGACGGGAAUAUCUCGGUGAGCAUUCGGAAGUCAGCCAAGCGUGGUCAUUGCACGCGUGCUGAACAAGAAUGCUGUAUAAUGACAGACUAGAAACAAUAGACAACUCCCAAAGCACAAACUCAGCCAAAACGCUAAAAAUCUUCAAUGUUUACUCAAGUUUGGGCUUAUAGAAGAUAAUGUCACAGUUUUUCAAUGACCAUGAAAUUCAGAGUCCGGGUAGUUAGUUAAUCAAUUGUGGCCCUGAAAAAAUUUGAAGGAAAAAAAACUACGAAUUUUUAAGAAAAUGCUUUUUUCGUGAGAAGGACUCUUAAACGCUGACAAACGUCAACAAAUAGCGAAAACUAUAAUUUCUAUAUGUUUGCUUUGCUCGAAAUCGCGCGCAUUUACAAGGCCCUAAAGCGUUUUGCUGACUUGCAAGGACCCAUCUGUUAUAACGAUGCCCAAAAUAAAGAGAUGAAUCUCAUAGUUUAUUAGAUAUAAUCCGUGUAAAGUUUGCUUAUCAUUUUCGCAUAAAUUAUGACCUAAAUUUGGAAACCGCUGAAUUUCUCGAAUUGGGUCUUUGCGAUUUUGGUGAAACUCUGUUCAGCGCAAGGCACUAAUGCGCACUAUGUGUAGCCGAGAGAUUUUCACGAAAAAAUGCCGGCAACAGCAGAUUUUCGACUCAGACCUCAAAGGGGCGUGGCAUUAUAACCACGUGACAUUUACUCCGAUCGCCAAAAAUUUUAUGUUAUAUUGUAGAUUGAUUUAUAUGUUAUCCAUUCUAUGUGUUAGACUUACGAUAAAAGUAAAGGUGGGGAUACCAGAGAGCUUCAAAGUAGGAUGGUACCCCCCCAAAAAAACUGGGUCGAGUCACCUUAAGCAACAGCGUUUUUGAGCGACGGACGUCAACCGGAAGUGGACUUUUUGCAUCAUGGGCAGUGGAUUGGUUCAAAGUCUCGGGCAAAUCGUUUUUAUAAGAGAAAAGAAACUUAGCAAUACAAAUUUGUUAGAGUCAAGGCAUAUAAAAGAGAAGAAGGCCUCACUUCCGGUUGACGUACGUCGCUCAAAAACGUCUUUGCUUAAGCUCCCUUAUUUGGGCUUAGCGAACCCGUGCUUUCGCGAGUGCGCACUAUUCCGCUGGUUCCGAAGAUUUCCGAAAUUCACCAGCGAAACACAGUGACCGGGGAAAAUACGAAUAUAAAAAACGGCAGUAUUCCAGUCUAAGUGUAUCGCACUUUAAACUUUUAUUACAAGAAAACUUACAAAGAUGGAUCAUGAAGAGCUCUGUCUUCUUAAAGAUUGCCUAAGGGCUGGUAUACAAGGUAGUCGCUUAGGGCACAAUUUUCAAAUUACUCGACAAUGUUCAUAUAUCUUUAACCUUCUAUCCCCUCCCCCAGGGUCAGGUGUGCACAAAGUGCGGAAGCAUACUCUCCCCUCUCCUGGACAAACCCGCCGUGGAAGUGGCAGCUGCGGCUGCGCACAAAGAGCGCAAGUGGACUUGUAAAGUUUGUGAAAGCACGGAACAUAUUCAGCUGUUAGCAUUCCCUUACGUGUUUCGCUAUCUUGUGGCUGAACUCGCCGCGAUGAACAUCAAGGUCGCGUUGGACGUGAAGCGAGUUGGAAGUGAGUGA